AUGCUCAUAACACCGAACACUUCCAACAAACCAGCACACGACGAAGCCGAAAUGGCUGAGGAUCUAGACGAACCCCCUGAUCACCAUCAUAUCUUGCACUCUACUCCGAUGAAUGAGGACGUUGUCUUCACCCGGCCGUCUUUGGUCGACCGCAAGGAAUCCCUGCUCACACGCGCCCUGAAGAGCAGUCCGGAAAUGUCACCUAUUGAACAACACCACACCUCUAUGCACGACUCGAUUUACUCCUACCGCUCCUACCCGCACAGCAACAUCUCCGGACUUUCUACCGCCGAGUUGACCAGUGAUGGCGGUCUCACCAGCCCUUCCCUCUCCAACACACCUAGUCCGCCACUUCCUCCGCAGAUGAUGAGCAAAGCCGCCAUGGCCGGCAAGAAGGAAAUUUCUCAGCGGGUAAAGGUCGUCGAUACCAAUGAGAACUCUGUCGAGGCCAACCUUGGACGUAAGCGUUGUAUCAGUUUUGCCUGCGGUGGCAAGGCUCAGCAAUCAGCCCAGCCCAAGCCCUCUUCGCCCCAAAAGACACAAAUAACUACGCCUCAAAAGGAUACCCUCCAACCUCCGAAGCGUCAAUCAACUCUCACAUUUGACUGCCCAAGUCGUCAGACUGUAAUCCAAAGAGAACGCUCACCGGGUCGGAAAUCUGCCUUCCGCAAUCGGUGCCGUGGCUCCCCGGCUCCUGCCACCCGCAAGACUUCCUCUUCUUCAUCCGCCCACGCCCCUGAAGAGACCAAGGCACCUAUCGCGACUACGCCCAAGGGUGUUCCGACCAGUGGUCUAGGAAAGUUCGAGGAAUCCGAAGAGACUCGGUUCCAUGAGUUUGCUAGCUCUGUGGACGACGACGAUGAGUGGGUCAAGAAGUCGACGGAGUUUACCGAGAAGAUCACCUUGAACGACUGUAUGAAGAAGGAAAACGCAAUUCGCCGCCUUGCUGAGGAAGCCGAUCAGGAAGAAGAAGAUGAGGAUGACGACAUCGAGGAUCUCGCCGACGAUGACUCAACUGUUCACGACUUCUCUUCUGAUGAUGGCAACGAGUCAGACAACGAGGAAGGUUUUGCGGAUUCAGAUGACAGCGAUGACGAUGGCUCGGACUACGAAUUUUGGGCUCCCUCUGCGUCAAAUUCUGACAACAAUGUUCCUUCCAUCGAUAUUUUCCCUCCGACCAUGGAACGUCGGGCUUCGAACACCUCCUUUGAUUCCAUGACCGACGAUCAUCAAAAGUGGCUGCCGGCGCCCGUGCAGAAACUUGGCGCACGUCGUGGCGCCACCAAGCCAAUCAAGAUGCGCCCGGGUACUCCUAAUUUGCCCGACAGCACCGAUUUCGUCUGUGGAACUUUGGAUGAAGAUCGCCCUCUCGAGGCCGCCUACAAAUCAUGUCUCGAACAGCGCCGCAUUUCCAAGCGUGUUAUAAUUCCUCAAGACAUCGACCCUAGUUUCCCCACCAGCGACCCCGAGGCCGAAGAGGAUCUCGAGGAUCUCUCCGAGGACCAAGAGGAAUCUGAUAUCGAACCUGUCCGCGGUCGAACAGAAGCCCCGACUCGUUCUUCUCCACGACACUCUCCCAAGCGCAUGGUAUCCCCGCCUCCUCCUCGGGCUGGUCGCGCCUCGCCCAAACGCCUCAAGUCACCACCUCCUCGUGUUCGGGCCAAAUCCCCCUCGCCUAAGAAGUGGAAGGAGAUGCCGAUUAGGGAGUCGCCUAGCGGUCUCAACAUCAGCCACUUGGUUCAGCAUCGUCAGCCUCUCGUGCGCACCAAGUCGUUGCCUCGUACACCCAACCCAUUCUUUGCCACCCACCAGUCACAUCAAUGGCACGGAAUUCCGCCUUUGUCUGAAUCACCAGAGGAAGGCGAUUCGCACAUUCGCGAGAUCAUGCACACACGUGGCCCCAUCGAUAUUGUCGAAGGCCUCGAAAAGAAGCGCCAGAAGCGAAAAGAAAAGUUCUGGCGCCAACACUGCCGGAAGCAAGCCGCCAAGGGACAAACAACCCAGCGGAAGGCUCCAGGCAAGGGAGCUAAACGGAUGAAGGAGCUUGGCCUCGAAGUUGCUGAGAGGUGCAGAGCUUAUGGUGUCGCCGAAGACACUCAGCUCGUCCUAUCCGUUUAG